AAACCGGAGGACUCGUCAGAUGAAAUUUCCAACCCUAACGAUGAAGUUUGGUACACUUGGCCAAGUGGGCCUCUCUAUGAGCAUGACUAUUUUCCUGGUGAUGAUGACUAUACGAAGUCGCGUUCGAACACUCUAUUGUCUCCUCUUACCAUAAUACUUCAAAUUAACAUGGAGAACCCGAAGGGCGAUGCAAUGGAUGGAAAAACUCUUCCCAGGCAGAAAAGAGCGAAGCUUGAGCCAAGUGGGCGUCUCUAUGGCCAUGACUAUUUUCCUGGUGAUGAUGACUAUGACUAUACGAAGCCGAGUUCGAACACUACAUUGUCUCCUCUUACCAUAAUACUUGAAAGCGAGGAGACGCUGGAGGAGCUCUCGGAUAUGGUCCAGCACCUCGUAAAAGAACAUCCCGAACUCAUCCCAUCAGCAAAACAACUUCUGGAGGCCCUUGAUUGUGAUUGUGAUGAAAACAAGCCUGCUCAAAAAGCGAUGGAGCUUUUGAAAAACAAACACGUUCUCCAAGGUUUCGUGAAAAUUUAUGCUGAGGGUUAUGCUCUUCCCUGGGAUGUAAACACGCUGGUAGAUGAAGUGCUGGAGGGCAGAACAGUUGCUGAUAGGGUGGCUCUUAUUAGACGAGAUCCCUCGUUGGAUGCAUGUGUCUCAGCCAAAGAGGACGUGGAUAUAAUGAGGGGAGCCUUGUGCAUUUUAGUCGGGUACUGGAUUGAUCAGAGACUGAACAGAUGGUUUUAUGAACAGUCUAUAAACCUCUUGGCAAAUGAGCAGCGAUAUACAAAUCCGAUGCCGUAUUAGGGCUACAAACAAGAUGUCUCAGAUGGAGUUGGCUUGGCCGUGGCCUGGGUGUUUAAUUUAUGCUUUUUGUGGUGUUUAAUCAUUUGACAUGUUGCCAAUUGCUGGAUAUUCCGAAUCCUUAUGAAUAGCUACAGACUUCAGAUGCAAUUUCCGUUUUAUUAAUUUUUUCAUGUUUUGUCAUUUUUUUUUUGUCAUUUUUUUUUUCUCUGUGUUUAUUUGGUUCAUUUUUAGAAUUUCCUAGUCCAUUAUGUUGUGUUUGCACGCUUUGUUUUUUUCUUUUUCCACGUUUUAUGUAUGUGAU